UCUAUAAAGGUGGAAAGUCAGAGGUUGGAACAUUAAAAGCGAGCUUGAUCACAUGCAUGCAGUUGGUCAGCAGGGUUUCCAGGCAAAACUGCUUCACAAUAAUACCACAUGAUGGGAAUUAAAGAGUUAAAGCCUAUCUCCAAGAUAUUCUCAGGGAUAUUUCUUCUUACUUCACUCAAUUUCUGUCCAGGAAUUCAUUCUGUAGGCUUGGUGGCUUCCAACAACGUGUUAGUAGCACUUUCGGGUGAAAAGGUGUUUCUUCAAUAUAUUGUGACACCACAGCUCAACCAAACUGAAGGCACUAUACAGUGCUUGUCACCAAAGAACGGUAUUAUGCCAAAGACCACCUUCUCUCUAAAACACCCUGCGACUUCUAUAGUCCUCGACAACGUGAACCUCUCCUACUCUGGGAUGUACCGCUGUUGGCUGGGUCUCGAGGGCUUGAGCAAAGUGAACUCGAGCGACAUGGCUUACUGGUUUCUUCAUGUGAGAGAUAAGGGCUACGAGGUGCCGAGGGACGAGAGCAUGACAAUAGUUGGAGUCCUAACUGCGGUCCUGGGCAUCUCCAGCGUUGCUUGCUCACUGUACCUCUUCAAAGGACACGUUCCUUCAUUUGCGAAACGCGGCAGCCGGGCGACCGAGGGGGAGACGAGGGAGGGCGGGGAGGAGCACAAGGACCCCGCCCCCCAGGGCGCCAUGGCAACGUCUCCCGCCGACGUCUACGCUAGCCUUGAGCACAGGCCCGGGUCCGUCUACGACACGCUGGAGCCCCCCACGGCCAGAGAGGCCCCCGUCCCGGGCAGAGCAGACUCGGGACGCUCCAAGGGAAAGGAGGAGGAAACCCCCCACGGUGAUCAGAACCAAGAAGCGCUUGAAUGCUUCUAUGAAAACUUUUGAAUAUCCACUGUGUUUUGGUGUGUGUGUGUGUGUGUGUGUGUGUGUGUGUGUGUGUGUGUGUGUGUGUGUGUGUGUGUGUGUGUGUGUGUGUGUGUGUGUGUGUGUGCGUGCGUGCGUGCGUGCGUGUGUGUGCGUGUGUGUGUUUUAGGUUAUUAUUUUAUGUUUUCUUCUUGGUAUGAAAUUGUCUUUUUAGCCUCACAGCCUUUGCCACCUUUGUGAUUGCUCUAUUUGUUUUACAGUUAUAGCUGUUUAUAAGGACUUUUUUUUAUUAUGUCAACACAAAAUGCCCAAUUCCACUCGCCAUCCAUCUUCUCAAAUGUAAUGUUGUCAAAUGUAGAAUAUGAAAAUAAAGUAUCUUCUCUCUAUAAAUGAGAUUUUUCAGCUGCAAGUUCUUCCAUUUAGCGGCACUUAAACUAUGCAUUUCAACUAUGAAUUUCAGCUAUGCUAAUCGCCAACAUUAGACUUUUGUGUGAGGCAAAAGUCACAUGACUCUACAAGCCAGUAACAGCCGCUCGUACAAGGACUUCCGGGAUCGACUGUGGACUGUUGUCAUUCUCUGAUCAUGGCUGCAGAAGGGGAUUUUCUGACGAGAUACCGUGCUGUUUCGAAUAAAUUGAAAAAGCGUUUUCUUCGAAAGCCCAAUGUUGCAGAGGCAAGCGAACAGUUUGGUCAGUUGGCCAAGGAGCUGAAGCAGCAGGACUGCCUUCAGUAUGCUGCCUUCUGCAACCUUGCCAUGGCCCGGUGCGAGCAGACCCUGUUCAACGCCCCCGGGGAGGCGCUGGCCCUCACGGACGCGGCCCGCCUCUUCCUGUCCUCGGAGAAGGAGAACCGUGCGCUGCAGGCCCCUGGAUUUGACGAGCACCUGCAGGCCGCACUCAACUGCUACAGCUUCGCCAUCAAGGUGUACAUUGAGAUGAACCAGCCUAUCAUGGCAGCCAGCCUGUCCUUAGAGCUGGGGAACGCACUCAAGGAGAUGAACAGACCGGGGGAAGCCGUGGUUCACUACCAGAGGGCUGCCGAGCUCCAGACGCAGAAUCCCGUGGAGGCUCUGCUGUCCAUGGGAGAGAUGGCCACCUGCAAGAUCCUCACCCGGGACUAUGACGGAGCGCUGACGGUGUUUACGGAGAUGCAGCUGAUCUGUCAGGAGAGGGGGCUGCAGCUCCCCGGCACCAACGCCCCCGUCGGGGCCUUCCUGGACCUGGUGGCCAAGUGUGAGAUCUCCAGAGUCCUGCUGCUCAUGUUUCUUGAGCCCCCUCCCCAGAAGCUGCUGCCAGAGCACGCUCAGACCCUGGAGAGGUACGCCUGGGAGUCCUUCGACCCGCACAGCCAGGCCACCUUCCUGCCGGAGACAGUCUUCCUGCUGCUGCAGUCAGUGGUGAUGGCCUGCCAGGAAAAAGACACAGAAUCCCUGAAGUCUCUUCAAACUGAGCUGUGGCCCUAUCUCUCAGCUGAGCAGAACCACCUCCUCCACUUGGUGGUCCAGGAGCGAAUCACCCCCUCUGGACAAGGAAUUUAGUACAGUCCCAUUCAAGGUUCCAGUUCCUCUCCCCUCCCACCCCCAGGAGAGCGCCACAAUGGAACAUUCCUGUGGGUGGUGCGGUCUGUUUUAGGGCCUGAGGGAAGGUUGUCGCAUCAGCCAUCACGCAUUAGUCUUCUUCUCUUUAGAGUUGACACAAUACUCUUGCUUUGUCCCGAUUGGGCCUCCCCUGACAGCUGCCCGGGGCGCCACCACCACCACUAUCCUGGUGCCCUAGAACCGGUUUGAAAACCUGAGACGGCCGCAACGCCACCGGGCUGUCGUGUUCUCAAAGUUGAACGUUGCAACAUUUGAACCCACUAAUCUUUUAGGACUCUAAUGGUGAAUGAGCUUUAUUUUGCCCGUGGAGGCUUGUUGUGUGAUCCAACACAAUUUAUUUAUUGUUAACGUUUUAGGAGAUGAUGUAUUCACUGCACACUGGUUUGAGUCGUGUUUCUUUUUUUUCUUUUUAUUAAUAAAUGGUAUGGCUUACAAUGUACUAUGGUGGCGGGAAAGCCCAUUGUCCUCCAUUCAUUUUCUGUUCACACGUACAAAUGAUAUGUACUUUACUAAGAUAGCAGCCAACUACAACACAACAACAGAGUCAAACAUGGUCUCAAA